UGGGCUUUGUGAUGCUAAAGCAAACCUUGAGCAGGGCAUAGCAAAAGCAACUAUUUUAAAAAGAGCAAGAGCUUUUUAUUUGAUUAUACAGAUGUCACCGCACAAAGACAUCAAAUUUCCACCUUUAACGUCGUCGCAAAAACAAAGACUUACAUAUGACCAGAGUCAACAUAAUAACACUGUCCAGAUGACAGAGGAAUCACAAGAAGAAAGCUCUGGUGCUAUUUCUGUCCAUGCAUGUUCUUCAAGAAAUUUGUGCUGGACAGGAAGCAACUACAUUUAUGCAACCCCGGGGAGAAAGCCUCAACUCUUGAUGCAAUUGGAGAACUUUGUGAACAAGGAGCUGUAUAUAAUCAGCCCACACGAGCCAAACUUUCAGGAACUGAAACUACAGGUCUACCGUGGUGUCUUUGGUUGUUUCAUCAACGCAUUCAAGACGUACCAGCCCAUUCUUUCUGCUAUCAAAAAGGAAUAUGAAAACACUUUAGCGCAUCAGCAGGAUCGAAUCACAGAACUGGAACCUCUGCGAUCCCAUCUGAGGCUAGUGACGGAGGAAUGUGACAGGAAGAUUCAAGCUCGCUGGUCAGAGGAGCAGGCGGAGAUUGGUGUCUUGAAAAGGGAGAAGCAGCAACUGUUGAAGGACAUUGAGGCCAUGAGAGAGAAAGAAAAGUCCAUGCAGGCAGUGGUGGACCGCCUGCAGUCAGAACUGUCCAAUCAGUAUCUGCAGUACAGGGAUGAGCGCGAUGCUCGCAAGUUGCUGAUAUUGCAGCUCAAUGAGCUGACAAGAGGAUCUGCGAAGACAGAGCAUCCUGCAGAUGAAAAUAAAGAAGAUGCUAAGGACACUGUGGGACUCCAGCUCGCUCUCGAGGUGUGUCGGGGAGACCUGACUAAAGCCCAGGAGGAGCUCACGAGGAUGAAAGCAGAAUACUGGGAUGUUGUACCCCGACGAGACUGGGACACCCUGCAGCUAAAACACCAACAGACCCUACUGCAGUUCAAAACUCUGGAGGGUGACUUUGAUCAGCUGAAGAGUGAGUAUGACACCCUGCUGGAGCUCCACAAAAGAGGCAACAUGCAAGACAAGACACAGGUCUCCAUCUCUGUGCAGACGGAUGAGAGCGUGUCUCAAGGACAAAGCCAGGUUGAGCCCAACCACCUAGAGGAGCUGAUAAACUCUGAAGGCCCUGAGAGCGACACGCUCACUGUCCAGGAGUCUAGGGUCGCAAUGGGGACGGCCAAGUCAGACCAGGAAACAGAUGAAUGUGUGGCCUUGGCUCAAAGCGAAGCAGACGGCAGCAAUGACGCUAUCUCCCCUCAGAGACCCCACAGUGUGACACACAGCAGCAACGUGGAGCCCAAACCUGAGAUAUAACACACUAAAUGUGAUGUACAGCUUGAGUUUGCAGGUGACCAAAAGACUCCCUCAGCUGGUGAAGGUUAGAAAUUGUGACCACCUGACCUAAGGCCAAUUCUGCCAUUGUAAUUUGGCAAUGUAGAGUAUACCGAUCGUGGCAUAACAUUAUGACCACUUUAAGGGACAUAAAAGGCAGCAAGCGAACAUUUUAUCCUCAAAGUUGAUACUAGGAGCAGCUCCCAGUAUGUUACAGUACAAUCUUUUUUUAAGGCCUUUCUGGUUACUUGUAAAGCUCUUCCUGGCCAUGACCAAAGCUUUACCAUUGAUUGUUUAGCACCAUACAGGCCAGCAUGUGCCUUGACAUCCUCUGGUAGAAGUCUACCUUCUGAGUCAGGGCCUGGCUGAAAACUAAAGAUGACAGGCCCCUUGUUUCAGUUUGUUUAAGUUAAUACCUCGAUAACUGACCUUCACAGACGUCUUGAUUGUGUAUUAAGAAGUCUUAAAAUUUUGCAAAAUUCUGUGUGGGAUCUUAGUCACAGGACUCACAUUUUACCGACUGUCUCCAUAACAUGAUUUUUAAACAAUUGAACAUAUGCAAUAAUACUGCAAGAUUAAUGCAAUUUAGCUCAAAUCAUCUAGAGUUGCAGCGCAAGUCUGAAACUGAAAUUUAAAAGUCAAAAUGUGUCUUCUUAUCUUGAUCCUGCCUGCAAUUAACUGAGAUGAUACGUAUGGCUUUGGAGAAAGGGUGUUAUUAAACUAAAUGGAAGUUAUUAAAUUAUAACAGUUUUAUUCAAGACUCAACUUUAACAUAACUUGGGUUAAAGUAGGAAUAACUUCUAAUUACAAUAUCCAUUAUAUGAAAGGUAGCUUUAAUUUUAACAUGUUUUAACAGCUGUCGCUAUGCAGCACAUUCGGCCGCAGAAUGUAGGUCCAUGUGUGUUUGUGCUCUAUAAAAACUACAAUUUAUACAUUAACCUCAGUUUACAGCAGAAUGGCCACUGUGCUGUGGUUGUAACAAGGGCCUGGUCAGAGGACAAAGCUUUCAGUCACUUGAUGCCUGAGUCUUAAAUAAAUCUAGUAAAGACAGGUUCAGGGUCAGAGCAAAUAGCAGAGUUGAGACGGUGAAUUAUUUUUAUAAAACUGUUCUACAGCCAAAUUACCUUAACAUGGAUGGUCUGACAAAGACCUGUUACUACAAAGGCUGGACUGAGAAACUGACUGAAUUCAUAUGCCACACAAUUUUCUACCACUAUAGCCUGUGAAACCCUUAACAGACUGUGCAUGCUAGCUCUGCAAAGAAAUGUGAAGAAUGAGUAUGUGAGUAAGCAUGAAUGUGUGUGCAUGUGUUACAGCCUGAGAGGAGAUAGCUCUGCAGGUGGUAUAUCUGACUGUGUCUGCAUGAGGAAAGUAAAGAGAGCCGUCUGCCUCUCUGUCCUCAUACGCCAUAGUCUGGAGAAAAAGAUUAAUGAAUGUGUCUGUCUAUGAUAAGGUGCCAGACGCAUUUAGGCUUGUUUCAGACGUGCUCAGUAAUCUGAGAACACCAGUUUGAAUGUGAAUACCAUCUCAACAGAAAAAUACAUUAAAUAAAUUGUAUCACUCUUUAGAAUGUCUGUUCAUUGCACCUCUGUUGACUCUGAAUAUUAACAAGGUAUGUGAUUUACUGACAUGCCAAAUGUAUAUAUUGUAUGUAGCAGUGAAUAUAAACUUAAAAUAAGGGAUAAACAAUAUUAAUCUUGAGCAUUUCCCUUAGUAAAAUUUAACUGAUGAAAUAAAUAUGUUAAUAUUAUUAUUAUAUUGUCUUUACAUUCAAAGUACGUGAUGACAUGUGCUGUUUUAGAUAAUAUAUAUUGUUGUUAAUUCACAAAAUGAACAAUGAGAAAACAACCAACCAAUCAACCAACUAGAUUUUAAAUUAAAUUCAAUUAAACUUGACUCUGAAUUGAUUUACAAUUAUUAUUAUUGUUAUUGUUAUUAUUUUGAAUGUGCUUUUUGACGGGUCCUACGAGAGACAAGUGCUUGUGAAAG